AUGAGGCCUGAGAACCAGAGCUGCGUGUCCGAGUUCCUCCUCCUGGGGCUCCCCAUCUGGCCAGACCAGCAGGCUGUGUUCUUCACCCUCUUCCUGGUCCUGUACCUGACCACAGCGCUGGGGAACCUGCUCAUCAUCCUGCUCAUCAGGCUGGACUCCCGCCUCCACACCCCCAUGUACUUCUUCCUCAGCCACCUGGCUUUCACUGACGUCUCCUUUUCAUCUGUCACUGUCCCAAAGAUGUUGACGAACAUGCAGACUCAGCACCUAUCCAUCACCUAUGCGGGGUGCAUUUCACAAACGUAUUUUUUCAUAUUCUUUGCUGACUUGGACAGUUUUCUAAUCACUUCAAUGGCCUAUGAUAGGUAUGUGGCCAUCUGUCACCCUCUACAUUAUACCACCAUUAUGAGUCAGAGCCUGUGUGUCAUGCUGGUAGCCAUGUCCUGGGUGAUUGCUUGUGCCUGCGCUCUUUUGCAUACACUCCUCCUGGCUCGCAGUAUGAAAAAGGAGAACCACAGCUGUGUGUCCGAGUUCCUCCUCCUGGGGCUCCCCAGCCAGCCAGACCAUCAGGCUAUGUUCUCUGCCCUGUUUCUGGUCCUGUACCUGACCACGGUGCUGGGGAACCUGCUCAUCAUCCUGCUCAUCAGGCUGGACUCCCGCCUCCACACCCCCAUGUACUUCUUCCUCAGCCACCUGGCCUUCUCUGACAUUUCCCUUUCCUCUAUCACAGUUCCAAAACUGCUGAUGAAUAUUCAGGCUCAGCAGCAAUCCAUCUCCUAUGAGGAGUGCAUUUCUCAGAUGUAUUUUUUCAUUCUUUUUGGCUGUCUUGACAAUUUCCUUCUGGCAGUGAUGGCCUAUGACCGGUAUGUGGCUAUCUGUCAUCCACUGCACUAUGUUUCUGUCAUGAGAGAGGGGCUAUGUGUCUUGCUAGUAGUUGGGUCCUGGUUUUUCUGUUGUGUCCAUGCCCUGUUGCACACCCUCCUCUUGGUCCAACUGUCCUUCUGUGCUGAAAAAAUCAUCCCCAACUUCUUCUGUGACCUCACUGCUCUCCUGAAGCUGAGCUGCUCAGACAUCUCCCUCAAUGAGCUGGUCAUCUUCACCGAGGGAGGGAUGCUGUUCAUCUUGCCUUUGAGCAGUAUUCUGGGCUCUUACAUCUGUAUAGGAACCACUGUCCUGAGGGCGCCCUCCACUAAGAGAAUCUACAAAACCUUUUCUACUUGUGGUUCCCAUCUCUCUGUGGUAUCUUUAUACUAUGGGACAAUUGCAGGUGUUUACUUUUUCUCCUCAUCACAGGAUUCCAAUGACAAGGAUAUAAUUUCGUCUGUAAUUUAUACAGUAGUUACACCCAUGCUCAAUCCCUUCAUCUACAGCCUGAGGAACAGAGACAUAAAACAGGCCCUUGAAAUGUUUGUCUACAAGGUCAAGUUCCAUAAAUGA